CAUGAAUACGGUGUUAAAUUUAUUGCGUCGACAAACGGGUCAUGGAUUCACCGAGCAAUACGAUGCAACGUUGUUGCGACUGUUGGUUCGCGAGCGUGACAGCUGGAAAGGCAUUUCACCGUCCAGAUUGACUGCAGAUUAUAACCCAUCACCCCCGAUCCUGGCCGCCAAAUUUGCUAAGUGUUCGGGUCGUCAGAAUGUUCUCGCGAUAGCGAAUGAAGACGGAAAGAUUGCGAUACAGGACACGAACCGGUGGAACAAAGAACCCGGCGGGGAACGAUCGCUGGACGGAGUUCAGUGCCACUUCAAUGCAGUAUUCGAUGUUGAGUGGAUGCCUGGAGAGAUGAAGAUUGUUACUGCUUCCGGUGACCAUACAGCGCAACUGUUAUCAUUGACCAACGCAGAACUGGUCCGUACGCAAGUGUUUAGUGGCCAUUCGCGAUCGGUCAAGACGGUGGCCUUCCAGUGUGAUGAUCCGGCAGUGUUUGCGACCGGUGGACGGGAUGGGGCAAUUAUCGUAUGGGAUAUUCGAGCUCAACUUGGGUCCAACAUGAUGCCACGAGCAGAUAAUUGCAUUUACAAUGGACAUUCGGGAGGACCAGGGACACCCGCUUCGUAUAGGAGGCGUACGAGACAGACUCCCAAAAUACCUGCACAAGGUUGCAGUAGCAGCAUCACAGGUUUGGCAUUCCAAAAUGCCAAUACACUUAUCUCGUGUGGAGCGGGUGAUGGAGUGGUGAAGGUUUGGGACACAAGGCGUCACUACACAAGUCAUCAGCGAGACCCAUUGCCAAAGUAUAGCUUUCCGUACAGCGGUACAACUACUUUGAAAGGUUUUACGAAUCUCGUGAUCGACCAUUCUCGUCACCGGCUCUACGUGAACUGUAUGGACAAUUACAUCUAUUGUUAUAAUGUGUUGACUUAUGAUAGCCACCCACUCGCGCGGUACAGUGGGUAUAAAAAUGGAACCUUUUACGUCAAAUCUGCGUUGAGUCCUGAUGGUCAGUAUCUCAUUAGUGGUUCGAGUGAUGAACUUAGCUAUAUCUGGAAUAUAGACAAUUCAAGACCGUUAUUGAAAUUGCAUGGGCAUGCGGCUGAAGUGACGAGUGUCGCAUGGAUGCAUGAUUGGAGCAAGAUGCGCAUUGUGACAUGUAGCGACGAUGCAUGCCAUAAAGUGUGGCGUCUGGGACCGGAGGAGCUGGAUCCAAAUGAAAAGAUGCAGUUGCGCGGUACUGCCGAAUAUUCCGUCGUCUUCAUCGCGAACCGCCUCUCCGGGUACCUUGUCUCUGGCCAUUCCGUCGUUAUGGAUCGUGGUCGCGUCUUGAUCCACGAUCCUUUUGGCCAUCGCCCUUUUAGUGCCGGAGGUUGA